AUGACGGCGCACAGAGGGAGUAUAACCGACCUGGUGGGAAGGUCGUCCGUGCAGAGUGAUCGCAUGGCGGAAGCUGUUAAGAUAAUGAUGAUGAUGACCAAUUGGCUAGAGAAAAAGUUCCCCCAGCCCCAGAAGAAGUUGCCCUCUGGACCCAGUAGCGUGCCCACGCAGCCGGGUCAGGGAAGCUCAUCUCUUCAGCAACCCCCACCAGCGUCUAAGCCCUUGUUAGCCCCAUCCAAGCCCCUGACUGUGAGGAUGCCCGUGUCAAAGCAACCUGAGACUGAGGAAGAGAAGCCGGCAUCACCGGCUAGGAAGAAAGUGAAAGUGAACCGCCCCAACGUACCAACCCAAUCUGGCCCCCGCGGUGACCAAAAAAAAUUCAUCAUAGGGAUGGAUAUUGAGCAGCGGCCAACAAAACACUUGAAUAGCAGCAUCAAGAACAACAUGGUGCAGUUUCUACUCAAGCACAGCCAUGAUGGAGUGCUCGCAAGAGGGGCUGUUAUGGAAGCAGCAGAUGCAUUUGAAGUUAGUAGGAAAACCGUGUACAGGGUAUGGAAGGCAGCCAAGGAGCUGAUGCAAAGGGGAGAACCUGCAAUUAUGCAAGGAAAGAUUAAAGGAUACCAUCAUGCUGAUCAAUUAAAAAUUGAUGAAGAAAAGGUUAGAAACUUAUCUACUCUUGAGAGAGCUUCACUGAGAAAAAUGGCUGUCAAAUUAAAUGUUAGCAAGAGCACAUUAGGUCAGUGGGUAAAGCAUGGUAAACUAAGGCCACAUACAAAUGCAAUCAAACCUGCACUCACCAAUGUCAAUAAGAUAGCAAGGGUUAGAUGGAGUCUUAGUCAACUUCAGCCACAAAUUACUCAAGGUAGAGUUCCAUAUCAAAGCAUGCACAAUGUAGUGCAUAUAGAUGAAAAAUGGUUCUAUAUGACCAAGGCCUCAGACAGGUACUACCUCUUGCCGGAUGAGGAUGAGCCAUAUAGGGCAUGCAAAUCCAAGAGAUUCAUAACCAAAGUUAUGUUUAUGUGUGCUAUCGGUAGACCACAUUUUGGUAUGGAUGGGCAGCCAACAUAUGAUGGUAAGGUGGGAAUAUUUCCCUUCACUGAAGUAAUGCCAGCACAGAGGAGAUCAAAGAACAGGCCUAAAGGGACCAUGGAAACCAAGGCAGUCCAUUCAGUAACAAAGGAAGUGAUGAGGGACUGCCUGAUCAACAAGAUUAUACCUGCAAUAAAGGCCAGGUGGCCUGUUUGGGCAAGUAAAGACAUCUACAUUCAGCAAGAUAAUGCAACCCCACAUAUAACAGCCAUGGAUCCAGAGUUUCAAGCUGUUGCCAAUUCAGAUGGAUUUAGAAUCAAACUGAUUUGUCAACCAGCUAAUUCCCCUGACACUAACAUCUUAGACUUGAGUUUUUUUAGAGCAAUUCAGUCACUGCACUAUGAGAAACAAUGCAAGACUGUGGAUGAACUUGUGGGGAAUGUGUGUAGCUCUUUUGCAGAGCUUUCACCACAAACACUCAACAGAGUAUUCCUAAGUUUGCAGGCUUGCCUCACUGAAAUCCUCAGGUGCAGGGGUGGAAAUGGCUACAAAGUUCCACACAUCAACAAAGAUAGGCUACAAAGAACAGUGGGACUGCCCAAUCAGCUUGAGGUGGAGGAGGAUGUUGUGAGAGAGGUGCUACAAUGGCUACAAAUGCCAGAGAACAAUUAUGGGUCAGUGUAUGAUAUAGGCCACCUGUCAAGUGCAUUUGGCAUCUAA